GGAAGAGCCUGAAGACGCUGGUGUCCAGGGGCAUCCUGCAGGUGCACCCGCCCAUCUGCGACUGCCCGGGCUGCCGGAUCUCCUCCCCCGUGAACCGGGGACGGCUGGCAGACAGGAGGACGGUGGCUCUGCCCCCCGCGCGGGCCCUCAAGAGGGAGCUGACCCCCAGCUUCUCUGCCGGCGAUGGCGGCCGCGACGGGAGCGGCUCGGCCUGCGGGCGGCCGGGCCUGAAGCCCACCCCAGGGCCUGAGCCUCCUUCCCUGACACCGGUGUUGCUGGUCAGUGAGAACAGGGCAAGUCCUGGGGGCCAGGCUGCCCUCUGGCGCUGCGGCACGGCUCCCCGGGAGCCCUCGGGCAGUGGGGACCUGACCCUCCUGGGGCAGGGCCAGCGGCAGCGAGGUGACCUGCGGGGCAAGAGGCCGGGCCGCCCUGCGCAGACCCGCGGUGACCGCCCCUUGGAGAAGAGGGCCCGAAGCCAGUCCCCCCAAGAGGCUGCGCUGCUGUCCGACCUGGGGCCCGCCACGGCCCCCGAGCACUACCGCAGGCUGGUGUCCGCGCUGAGCGAGGCCAGCUGCUUCCAGGACCCCCAGCGCCUCUACCACCUGGUCCCAGGUCCCGGUAGGUGGCCCCCGGGCACGGUGCCUCCCCUGACGUCCCUGGCCCACGCGCCGGCCACCAGGCCCAGCAGGCCGGCUCGGGAGCUGCCCGCGAGAGGCUGGCAGGCCCGGGCCUGGGCCUCCUGCUGGGCAGAGGCCUGCAGGGCCCAGAAGGCUCUGGAGAGACCCGUCCACCCCGGCGCUGCUGGCAAAGGGGCAGCGCUUCCGCCCCUGGCGAGGCCUGCCCGGCGCUCCAGCACCGAGAGCCUGAAUAAUUCACCAAAUGUGAAUAAUUUAAAAAUCUCCCUUUUUAAUUGCUUUCCCGGCCUGCCCGGGGCGGCCUGCGGGGGGGGCGGGGGCGCCCGCGCGCUGAGCCUGGAGGCGCCGCUGUGCCCCGCCGGGGGGCCCGAGCAGCUGCAGCCCAGGGGAGCCAUGCUGGUGCUGAGGCACAGCUCCACCCCGCUGCUGGCCCUGUCCCCGCAGGGGGCGCGGGGCACCCCUACACCACCCCAAGAGGUGGCCCACAGAGUCCCUGGGAAAGGGAGCCCCGACCUGGCCUCGGCCGGACCCGGCCAGUCGGAGCAGGCGGAGGCUGGACUGCGGGCACCGGACGGCUCUGAGGAGCCCCCCAGAGACUCCGACGGCGAGGAUGAGGCAGCGGCGGGGGGCCCAGGCCCGACUGAGGCCGGCGCCGAGGGGAAGGGGCUUCUCUCGGGGGCCACGCUGCCCUCCCCGGUGCCCCUGGGCUCCCGCUGUGCGGCCAGCCCCUACUUGCACACAGGGGGCCUCCUCAUGGAUGGGGAGGUGGCUGUGGCCCAUGAGGACAUCAGCAAGUGGACGGUGGAUGACGUGUGCAGCUUUGUGGGGGGCCUGCCCGGCUGUGGAGAAUACGCACCGGUCUUCAGAGCACAGGGCAUCGACGGGGAGGCCCUGCCCCUGCUGACCGAGGAGCACCUGCUGACCACCAUGGGGCUGAAGCUGGGGCCCGCGCUCAAGAUCCGCGCCCAGGUGAGGGCCGGGCGGGCCGGGCAGCCCUGAGCUCUCCUGGCGGCCAGGCCCCCACCGCCGUCU